AGCAUUCAGCUCUGGGAGUGACGAGUGAGAGUGAGAGGAGAGAAGGAGAGAGGAGAGAGAGAGAGAGAGAGAGAGUCAUGGAAGGCCACUGCGAGGACGAUCCAAUGGAGGAGGAAGUGGUUGAGGCUAUGCCUAGGAGAAUCAAAGGCAGAGGAGGUUUAAGGGCGCCGUCCAAAACCCUAGACCUCGACCACCCAAACAACCCUCCUUUCCCCCGUUGCAAUGCCUCCCAAUCUCCGAGUUACGCUCCUCAACGCUCUAUUGAAGGAUGGAUCAUAUUGAUCACUGGAAUACAUGAAGAGGUACAGGAAGAUGAUCUUUUUAAUGUAUUUGGCGACUAUGGAGCAAUCAAGGAUUUGCAUCUGAAUCUUGACCGUCGCACUGGAUUUGUUAAGGGUUAUGUGCUGAUUGAAUAUGAGAAGUUUGAGGAAGCUAAGGCAGCAAUAUCGGGAAUGAAUGGUGCCAAACUUUUUGGUCAAACCAUAUCCGGUGAUUGGGCCUUCAGUACUGGUUCCUUUGGAGGCAAUUUAAGGUCACCGGAAUUAAACCGUUCUCGAAGUCCAAGGAGGAGAUACUGAUAUGUUCUAAUGACAUUGGCAACUAAUUGGCAAGUGUCCAUCACUAAUUCUGCGGUAUUGUAAGUUGUCUCGAAAGAUUAGGCUAGAACGGAAGUUGCAAAACAUGAACGUAUGGAACUAUUGAGAUGGCAUGUAACUAAACAUCCCUAGUUGUACUUGGUUUCUUUGAGAGCCAGUUCUAACUGGGUAUUAAGUUGAUCCAAAUAUAAUGCUGCUGUAAGGGUAAA